CAGAGGGAGAAGCAGGCUCCCUCCAAGGAGCCCAGUGCGGGACUUGAUCCCAGAACUCCAGAACCAUUACCAGAGCCAAAGGCAGAUGCUCAAUCACUGAGUCACCCAGGCGUCCCAAGAAGCUUCUAGGAGUUUUAGGGUUUUAGGUCUUUAAUCCCUAUGUUCUUCUAGGAGUUUUAGGGUUUUAGGUCUUUAAUCCAUUUCAAGUUAAUUUUUUGUGAAUAGUGUAAGAUGGGAGUUGAAUUUCAUUCUUUUACAUAUGAAUGUACAGGUUUACCAACAUCACUCAUUGAAGAGCCAUCCUUUACCCACUUUGUAUUCUUAGCUCACUUGUCAAAUAUUAGUUGCCCAUAAAUGCAUGGGUUUAUUUCUGGGUCCUUGAUUCUAUUCCAUUUGCCUUUAUAUCUAUUUUUAUGGCAAUACCAUAUUGUUUUGAUUACUAUAACUUUGUAAUAUGGUUUGAAAUCAGGUAGUAUGAUGCCUUCAGCUUUGUUCUUUUUCUCAAGAUUGCUCUGGCUAUUUGGGGCCUUUUGUGGUUCUAUAUGAAUUUUAGGAUUGUUUUUUCUGUUUCUGUGAAAAAUACCAUUGGGAUUUUGAUAGAGAUUUCAUUGAAUCUAUAGAUGGCUCUGAGGUGGCAAUAUGAACAUUUUAAAUAGUAUUGUCUUCCAAUUCAUGAACAUGGAGUAUCUUUCCAUUUAUAUGUGUCUUCUUAAAUUUCUUCCAUCAACGGCUUACAGUUUCCAGUGUAGAGAUCCUUCACCUCCCUGGUUAAAUUUAUUUCUAAGUAUAUUAUUGUUUUUGAUGCUGUUGUAAGUGGGAUUAUUUUCUUUCUUUUUCAGAGGGUUUAUCGUUAGUAUAUAGAAAUGCAACUGAUUUGUAAAGAGAACUUUAUUUUUCUUUAUUUUUGAGAGAGAGAGUGUGCACACAUGCAUGCAAUGGGGGAGAGGGUCAGAGAGAGGGAAUCCCAAGCAGGCUCCACACCCAGUGUGCAGCCUGAUGUGGGACUCAAUCCCAAUACCCUGAGAUAAUGAUCUGAAUCGAAAUCAAGAGUCAAAUGCUUAACUGAUUGAGUCACCCAGGUGCCCUGAAAUGCAGCUUAUUUUUGUAUGUUGAUUUUGUAUCCUGCAACUUUACUGAAUUUAUUAGUUCUAAUAGGUUUUUUUGGUGGAAUACGCCAGGUAUUUCAUAGAGGAACCCACAGGUGAUAUUCAAAGUACUUAAUGACCCUUACUGCGUGGGCAAUGGGGCAACAGCAUUGAAGCCAGCUGUAAACAAUUGGUGUAGCCACUUGAGUGUGGACCAACCAUACUUCAGCCUUGGAGCCAGGUGCAAUCCCCAUUAAGAUCAGAGUUAUACCUUCACAAGACCUUACUCUGCUCUGAAGUUGGGCAGAUGCUGCUGUUGGAAUAAGAUGGUAUAAAGGAAUGUGCCCCACUUCCUUCAUACUGCCCUGCCCCCAAGGAGUUCUCAGUUCUGUGGUCCUUCACCUGCCCCCAUAAACUAAGCAGGGUUGUUCACUCCAGUUAAUUCAAUUGUCCAGAUACUGAAUUAGGCAAUGGGGAUAGAGCAAUAGCAAGGCAGACACAUCCUUGGCCUUAUAGCUAAACAACAAUACUGUUUAAUGUCUAUUGCAUAUUUUCUUCACAUCAGGCCUCAUGUCAAUCAUUUCACACGUAUUAUCUCAUUUAAAUCCCUACCCAACCCUCUUAGAGGCACAUAUGCUGAGACUCGGAGAAAUAAGUAACUUCCCUAACAUCACACAGCUAGUCAGAGGUGAAUCUAGUCCAACCUCAAAGCCCAACUCCUUGGGUCUCCCUAGAGGACAGAUUGCACUCAGCCUGUACCUCCCACUCCUUCUCCAGGUGACAGUCUGACCUAUGAGCUCAGGAACAGGAAGGGUAAGGAGGAAGAGGAAGCUCUGGAUGAAUGGAUCAAUGUGAUGGAAAAGGUGUUACCUCUCUCCCUCAUUGCCACCAAAGGAGGCAUCGAGUCUCUCAUUUCCCUUUGCUCUACUCUCAUUGAAGGACAAAAGAAAAGGACACAAAUAUCCAAACACACCUUCUGGCAGAACUGGUGGGAACAAAGCCCCCCCAAAUCUACAUCCUACCCUCAGCCACUGAGCCCAGAGCAGAUGCUCCAGGACAAGCACACUACCUGCAUGAAGGUCUCUGAGGUGAAGUCCAUGCUGCAGGAGCUCCUGGACUCCACCAUGUUCAACCAGGGGGAGGUCAGAGCCAUCAGGUACAUGUCUGCCAUGGUGGAGAACCUCAACAAGGCCUUGAUCCUCCAGCACAAGGAGCACAGUAACCUAGAGACCAAAUAUAGGAACCUGAAAAUAGAGAUGACCCAGGAACUGAGCAGCCAACGGCUCUAUUUCCAGAAUUCCCUCCAAGUUCUCCAGACCAAGAGGGAUGCCCUACUAAAGCAGGUAGAGAUUCUAGGGGGGAAAUACCAUGACCUUCUCCUGAUCAAGCACUCCUUAGAGUUCCAGCUGAAGAAGGCACAGUCUGCUAGAAACCAGGCAGAAGAAGUGGCCACAAUCUUGGUUGACUCCCGGGGGCCCCCUGAGAAAGAGACCCUCUCAAAGAAAGAAACCAUCACGGAGGAGACCCAACAGGAACACAAGAAGGAGGAGUUGCUUUUGUCCCUGCCCCCAGGUUCCAUGGCCACAGCCUGGGACAGUGAUCCUAGGCCUUCAGCGUCUCAGCCACUUUCCAUCAUGACCAUGCAGUCUAGGAUUGCAGAUGUGUACAGCAGCAAGGACACUGAGCAUCUCCAGUCCAUGUUGCCAUCCUCCGUGGAUCACAGGUUUCCUAAGAAAUGGGAAAGACCUGUGGCAGAGAGCCCAGGCCACCAAGUCAAAGACCAGACAGACUUCCAGAAAGCAUCCCAGGAGAAGGAAGGCCUCCAAAUGAAGGCUCAUUCAAGGGUGCAGCUGUCCCCAGAGAGUUCUGAGAAGGUGGGCUUGGAGAGCAAGGUGGAGCACAGGGAAGAGGAACUCAGCUGGGAGAGGCAGAGGCAGCAGUGGCUGGAGGAGCAGGAGAUGUGGCUACAGCGGCAGAAGAAAUGGGCCCUGCUAGAGCAGGAGCACCAGGAGAAGCUGCAUCAGUGGGAGGUGGAAGAGGCACUGAGAGAGCAGCAGCAGAGGUUGGGCCAGCAGGAGAAAGAGCAAGGGGGCCCACGGAGAGAGACGGGGCAGCCAGGGGAGCACGUGGACAGGGUGCUCUUCAUGACCACCAGGCGCUGGAGGGACUUGGAGAAGGCAUCCCUGGCGCCUCCCCCAAGCCGGACCCAGUCUGCUCACCCAGGCGGGAGGCCACACUUGUCCCCCAGCGCCCAGCAGCCGGCCCCCAGAAACCAGAGGAACCUGAGUUCCGCCAAGUCUGCCCAGAAACCACGGGCCUGCCAGGUUCCUACCAAACCCAAGAAAUUAGCCUCCUUCCCUGUCUCGGGGACAUCCAUCCAAAAGGUGUCCCGGCCUCCUUUGCACGUAUCCCCAGUAACUCUUAAGGGGAAAGUAUACCGCAUGGACGUGGAGGCCCAGAGGAAGAACCUGCAGCUCCUGAGUGAGGAGGCUGAGCUGGGGCUGCCCCACUACCUGCGCAGCAAGGCACUGGAGCUCACCACCACCACCAUGGAGCUGAGCAUGCUCCGGCUGCAGUGCCUGUGCCAUAGGUACAUCCUCUACAGGCGCUUCCAGAAGCUCCGACAGGAAGUGAUCAACCACAUACAAGUCAUCCGAGAAACAGGGACUACCUACAAGGCCCAGAACCUCUAUGUCUUCCUCGAAAACAUCGACAAUCUGCAGAACUUCUGGCUGCAGGCCUGGACAGACAAGCAGAAGGACGUGGAGGAGAAGCGCCGAGAGUGCCUGAGCAGCAUGGUGACCAUGUUCCCCAAGCUCCAGCUGGAGUGGAAUGUUCAUCUGCACACUCCUGUGGUCACCAACCCAAAGUCAAGGAAAAGCAAACCACCCCCGUCCUACCUCCAGCACACCCACUCCUGUAACCCCUCCUGCAAGCAGUCCCCAGAGCACUUCCCAUCCAAGCACUGGGAAUGUGUGCCCCUGCGCAUGGCCCGCCAUCAGGAGAACCAGAUGGAGGCCGUCUGGAAGACUGAUGUGGCCUCCUCCAGUCACCCGAUAGAAAAGAAGACUCCCCCCAGCCUGCUCUGGGACCAGCUAGGAGGGUACCCAGAUAUUCCCCGGCUGUUGGCCUUGGAUGUGCAUUCAUCCUUCCAAAAAAGCUUAAGGUCCCUCAAGGGUGUCUUGACGGCUGAAGGAAAGGAACACCAGGAAGCCCCAGAUGAGUCAGCCAAGCUUGUCUGUAAAAAGUCAAAUGAGUCCUUUCCUGGAGCCCUAAAAAGCCAGAAGGAUCGAGACAAUCUCAGUCCCCACUCCCUCCCUUAGUGAUUCUCAAACUUCAGGGUGACUAAAAAUCACAUGGGAACUUGUUUCAAAUGCAGGUUUCCAGCUGGUGUUUUUAAACAUCCUGGGUAUUGCUAAGUAGCCCUAGAACUUUGAGAAACACUCCUUUCCCCCUUCAGUCCCCAAAAUGUACGUUUUUAAUAAAAUAGAGAUGUGUUUAUUUUUAAAGAUUUCUGUGUUGUUUCUGAAACCCACAUCUCCCGAACUCAUUUUUGGAACCAGGUCCAUGACCACCUGGCCCCAGAGCUGGACGCCCAUCAGGAGGGAUCCCCCCAGUGGGGUCUCUACCUUUUGGAAGCCAAUAAGCUGAGAUGGCCACAAUUAGUGCCUGGCACACAGUAGGCACCAGUCCCUUUUAAUCAGAGACAUGGACAGAUAAGUAACUGGUGUGCUGAAGAUUAGCCUGAAAGCUCAGAAGGUAAGAACAAAAGGAGAUACCAAGUACCAGUCAAGGCCAAGUGUCACUGGGUGGGAGGCAGAGGCGUGUAUGUCUCAGGAGUGAGAACACAGGUGGAAGAAAUGGAGACACAGAGGUUCCAAAUCUAGAUGGUGUGGGCUAAGGAGGCCGU